AUGCCGAAGACCACCUCGUCGCCGUCUCCCACCAUCUCCGCCAUGAAUCCCCUCCUCCCCUCCCCCUCCUUCCCCAAAUCACCCCACCCGCCGGACCCAAACCCUAGCUCCCCGAAUCCUAGCCCCUGCAGCUACCUCCUCCACGCCGAUGCCGACGACGAGGCACUGAUUCAAAUCCCCGGCCAGAACCCUAGCCUGGUGGGCGCCUCCGCCCCCUUCGCGCUGCUGCCGUCCAUCGACCCGGCCCCGCACGUCUCGUCGCAGUUCUACACCUUCAGCGCCGCCUCCUACGGGCUCAUGCUGCGCUGCAUCCGCGCGGGCCGCUCCGCCUCCUCCGACGAGGUCCGCGGCGCCACGUCGCUCUCCGUGCUCGCCUCCUGGCGGGCGGUCUGGAAGGACCGGAACGAGGACACCGCCUACCUCACCGCGUGGAAGCGCAUCCAGGACAAGCUCGCCGCGUCGCCCGACGGCCGGCACCUUCACUUCAAGUCCAACGCUGCGCAGCGCGUCUCCCACGUCGGCAUGUGGAGGGACAUAGUCUCGGAGGCGCACGCCGACCCCGACCUGCUCCGGCACCUCGCGUUCAAGGACACCGUCGACCGCAUCAAGCAGUCGUGGACUGUGGGGGCCAAAUUCUACGGUAUACCAGAAUCAUUUAUCCGUGUAUGUGUUGCUGCAUGCUCCGUUUGUAAAGCUGCGCCUGCUGGCCAACCUGAUUCCGCUAUCUCAUCGCCUGGACGUGGGAAGCGGCGGCGCAGGUUUGAAUAUACUGAGACAUUGGAUGUGCCGGCUCAAGAUGUGCCUCGUAGGUUACAGCAAUUGGCUGCCAAGCACAAGGUUGUCCUUUGUAUAAGGCAAAAGUAUAUAAGGUAUAAGCCCUUCAUGGCUGAGGUGAAAGAUUAUGCGUGCCAUCGUGCUGGAGUGCCGACCUCAAAUAGUGGCAGUGCUGCAUCCUCAGCCAGUAAUUCCGAGGGUAAGAAGGCGCGGGUUCUAAAGCGAGAGCCAUACCAGUCAAAGAGGUGUGGUUGUGGGUUCCGUAUUCGGGCAAUUGUGCCAAUAGCUAAUUAUAAUGAAAAAGACAAGACUUUUGUGUACUUGGAGGAGGGCACUGCAGUGUUCAAACUUUACGCUGUGCAUUCAGGGCAUGAGCCAGGGCCACUUGAUGGCAGUGCACGAAUUGUUCACAGGUUGGUUGGUCAUAAGGGAGCUCUUGAGUUUGAUCCAGACAUUUAUGGUGUCAGUGAGGAAGGUGAUCCUACCUUUUCAACAAAGGGGGAUGAAGAUGUUGAUAUUGAUGACUCGCACCAGGCGGUCUUGCAGCAAGUACGGGAGCUGAGAUCAGAAGUUCUCUUGCUAGAAGGGAAGGUGGCUAAGAUGCACCCAGAAUUGUUGGGGUCACUGUCCACCGAGUUGUCUGAGGUUUUGCACAGGAUUAGGAAGUUUAAUUUGGAGGGUAAUGUCUACCAACAGGAGACAUUGAUGGUAGGCAAUGAAGAAGUCAGGGGAUGGGGGUCAGGGGAUGUAUCUCACCAAUUAGACCAGCAUGAUCAAGCAUUCUGCAAGGAUGAUGAGAUGCUUGAUGAUGAUGAUACUGACUUUGGCUCAAGCCUUGGACCUAUUGUCUCGUGGGAUAGGAUGGCAGCAGAGUGCGAGGAUAGGAAGAUGCUCAUGGGUGAUAGCCCAAAGUGUAACAAGUGGAUGCUUAAGGAUGAUGUGGGUGACUUUGAUGCGAAGAGUAUUCUUAACUGUGGGGAUGAUGAUGGUGUGGAGGAUUCCAAGGUCAUCAAGCCAUUGAUGCAUGAUGACACCAUGGUAACUGACCCAAGUUUGGUAGGUAUUCAUGUAGAGGGAUUUUACACUGGACCAAAAUGGUAUGAUUCACCAGGUUUGGAUUCCAGUGUUGAUGGUGGGGAUAGCAGUUUUAGGCAUGGUGGAAUCGUGUGA